AGAAACCACUUAUAUACUACGACAUUAGGUGACAAUCUAUCACUAACCAUUUCGCAUACUGUUAGCAAAGUCUUAACAUGAGAACCGCCAUUGUUUUCGUUGUUUGCUUAAUUGCAUAUGUUACCGCAGAGACAUGUUCAGGCAACAAUAACUUGGACACACAGUGCUCCCAUCUCACUUGUGAUCAGGGAUGGCAUUUGGCCUGUAAUAGUGGACAAUGUACUUGUGUUCAAAACACCGCAAACGCUUGUACUACUAAAGCAGAGUGUGAUGCAGUUUCUAACUGGGAUUGUCCAAUGAACCGUCGCCAUUGCAUUGAUGGUACAUGCAGGUGCACCAGAUUCUAGUUUACUUGGACCUCGAAUGAAAGAAAAUCAUUACCGAUCAUUCAUUCAUCUUUAUCUGUUACCUAACAUAUUUCGAAUUAGAGAACGAAUAAAGAUGUCACAAUA